CUAUAAAAACCAAAAAACUGCUGGGACUUCGUUGCAAAACCUAGCCAUGUGAUUAACACGCCACCCAAGACUGGAAAAAAUCCAAAAACAUACAGCCAUACAAAGCCUUUCCAGCAGGCUAAGCCCACCUCAGUCCACAGUAACCUCUCUCUCUCUCUCUCUCUCUCUCGAUCUCUCUCUUUCUCCUCUGCCUCUGUCUCUGUCUCUCCGUUUGAAUAAAAAAUGGAGGUAGAGAAUCGGUAUAAGAAAGGGCUGUGGACAGAGGAGGAGGACCGGAUUCUGUUAGACUACGUCAGGGUGCACGGGAGAGGAAAGUGGAACCGCAUCUCUAAGAUGACAGGUUUACAGAGGUGUGGGAAGAGCUGCAGAUUAAGGUGGCUGAAUUAUCUGAGCCCUACUGUGAAACGCGGCGGUUUCUCUGAGGAAGAAGAAGAUCUAAUCAUCAGACUCCAUAAUCUUCUGGGUAACAGGUGGUCGCUGAUUGCGGGGAGAGUGCCAGGUAGAACUGACAACCAAGUAAAAAACCACUGGAACACCCAUUUGUGCAAGAAGCUGGGCAUCAAAAACCCAAAUAAAAAAGUUGUGGGUACUUCCAAAAAAACACACUCUGCUCUUCUUCAUCGGGUGGAAGACUCUCAAUUGAUCCAAACACUCCACAGCAGCACGGAUUCUUUGGACUCUAAGCUUUGUCACAAUGGUGAUGAUCAUGAUCAUACCAAAUUGAUGGAAGUUAUGGAAAGUGAAAACCUUUGUACUCCCGGUACUGAUGCACUAUCUAAUAAUGGAGAAUCGCAAUGGAUGAUGAGCAAGCACUUUGCUGAAUUAUCGCCUUUGUUUCCGGUUGAUUAUCAACCAAUUCUGGAGGGCCCAGGCUUCCUAGAGUUUCUAGAUGGGUUCCCUUUUGACCUAACAUGGCAAAGCUUCUGAACGUUUUUUGUUUGUUAAAUCUUUCUUUGGUUAAUGAAUAAUAGUCCUUUGCCAUUAAUGGCCAUCGUUCAUCUACAUGAUCACGAUUUUAACA